AGCCAUUUUGGCUCAGGACGCUCCCGCUCGAGAGCCAGCCCAGCGGCCAAGACUCGCCGAGCUCGGCUCACCGCGCCGCUCAGGGCAGGCCCCGGUCGCCGCCAGAGCGCGGCGCUCGUUCUGCCCUAGCAGCAUGCAGUGGGCAGCCGCGGUGAUGCUGCUCGCGGCCAGCGGGGCGCCUCUGGUCGCAGCCACUUACCAUCAGCACUGGAUCUUCAAGGGUGGCCAGGUCAGAUACAAGGCCAACCCCGCCUACUGCGCCAGCGUGCGCGAGGGGAAGGUCACUGAUGGCAUGAGCAUCAUCCUGUGGCACUGCGGCAGGUCGAAGGAGUUCAUGUGGCAGGUUGACGGCGACUACAUCAAGCUGGCCUCAGAUCCCAAUUUUUGCAUGAGCGUGCGCGAGGGGAAGGAUGGUGAUGGCUCCGAUGUUAUCCUCUGGCGCUGCGGCGAGUCGAAGCCGUUUCAGUGGUUGGUGGAGGGCGAGAAGGUGAAAUUCAAGGCGUCGCCGAAGCACUGGCUCAGCGUGCGGGGCAACGACGCAGUUGACGGCGCCGACCUGAUCCUGUGGUCGGGGCAGUCGAACGCCUUCCGCUGGCGCAUGGACGGCCCCCAGAUCAAGCUCGACGCGGACCCAGACCAGUGCCUCAGCAUACGAGAGGGCCGGAGCGGCGACGGCUCGGACGCGGUCCUGUGGAGGUGUGGCACGCCUGGCUCGAGUGCGGGGCGGCUGGCGUCGUCGUACGGCUCCCCCUUCGACUUCGAGCACACCGGCCCCGCCGGCGGCGACAGGAUGAAACACAAGGGGAGUGGGCUGUGCCUAUCGGUGCGGGAGGGCAGGGUGAUGGACGGCACGGACAUUAUCCUCUGGACCUGUGGGGACUCCCACGAGUUCGGGUGGCUGAUCUCCGAUAAGUACGUCCGCCUGAAGGCCAACCCGGACUACUGCAUGUCUGUGCGGGAGGGGCGCGUCGGCGACGGCUCGGACAUCAUCCUCUGGACGUGCGAGGCAGCCGAGGAGGUGGGCCUGAAGCUGGAGCACGAGCGGAAGCGCUGGAUACCGCCACCCAACGAGUUCCAGUGGGUCUUCGACGGCACAAAGAUCAGGUCUAGGCUGGACCAGAGGAAGUGCGCCAGCGUUCGGGCGGGCGUCGUCACCGACGGCGCCGACAUCAUCAUGUGGAACUGCGGCGAGGGCAAGGAGUACGGCUGGACGAUUGACGGCGAUUUCAUCAAACUCUCCUCAGACCCGCGCUACUGUAUGAGCGUGCGCGAGGGGAAGGCUGGUGACGGCAGUGAUGUCAUCCUGUGGAGCUGCGGCUCUUCCACCGAGUUCAAGUGGAGCAUCGACGAGGCCGCAGGCACCAUUGGGUUCAGGGCGGACCCGAAGUACAAGCUCGCUGUGCGCGGUGGGAGGCUGCAGGACGGCGCCGACGUGAUCCUGUGGUCUGGCUACGGCAACCCCUCCGAGUUCUUCUUCGAGGACAGAAUGCUGAAGCUCAAGGUCGAUCCCACUCUGUGCGUCAGCGUGCGCGAGGGGAAGGCCGGGGAGGGCUCCGACAUCAUCCUGUGGACCUGCGGGAGGGGCGACGGCUUCCUCUGGUCGAUGAGCGACGGCCGGAUCCGGCUGGACUCGCACCCGCACUACUGCAUGGUGCCCCGCGAGCAGAAGACGCAGGACAACACGGAGAUCAUCCUGUGGACCUGCGACGCGUCCGCCCGCGAGUUCGAGUGGACCGAGCGGAACGGGCGCCUCCGCAACGGGAAGAACGAGCACUACUGCCUCUCCGUGCGGGAGGGCAGGGCGGGCGACGGCUCCGGCGUCGUCCUGUACUCCUGCGACGAGCACCUGCCCGACCCCGAGGACGAGCUGUGAGCCCGCAGCCGUGCCGCCCCCGGCGGCGCUUGCCCGAGGCUCUUGCGGAGGGGCGCCCGUGCAGGCGCGUUUCGGGGAGCUCUCAGGGGCCCACCUGACGGACCUGUUCGAUUCUGGUUUGCCUCCAGUUCGACUCUCAUUCUCGACUCCAGGUCGACUCAAGUUCGACCAAAGUCGACGGACGUUCGGCGCAGUAUCGACGUGUGAGUGGAGCGAGGGGCUCCAGGAGGGUCCCCAGAGCGAGCAUCUCAGAGCCCCUUUCCCCCUCCGCGUCCCCCCUCAUUCCCUCUCUGUGCUCAGCUGGUGGGCCCUCGGGCGGCCUUGCUGCUGGGUGCUGAGGCCAGACGUCAGCCCACGUCCGAAUAAAAGCUCCGCUCGUGGGCAUUGUUGCAAUACUGCGGCUUAUCUAACUGAGGCGACGGCAGAAGCCAAAGCGUGGACGUCACCGCCGACUCGCAAUCACUGGACGCACCUGGGCCGAGAAAAAGAA